AGUAUAGUGGAGAUGUGGAGUAUCGUUUUGUCUCUCUGUUUGUUUCUCCAGCCGAAUUCAGCUGAGGAAGUGAUGCUGCUGGACACUACAGAGUCUACCUCAGAGCUGGGCUGGACCACCUAUCCAGACACGGGGUGGGACGAGGUCAGCGUUCUGGACGACCGAGGGAAACUCAUCCGGACCUUCGAAGUGUGUAACGUCAACCAGAACCCCCGUCUCCAAGACAACUGGCUAGCCACACCCUUCCUGUUCCGAGACUCGGCGCCGCGGGUGUUCGUCACGUUGCGGUUCUCCGUGCGUGACUGUGCCAGCCUGCGCUCGCCGUCCCCCACCUGUCGUGAGACGCUGACCCUCUACUACAAACAGGCGGACUCCCAGAGGGAGCUGGAGAGAACAUGGGCGGCCGAGCCCUCCAGUGGGGAGAAGGACAGCAGGGAGGGCUGGGUGAAGGUGGACACCAUUGCGGCGGACAAGAGCUUCUCCAAGGUGGAGCCCAGCUCCCCUCACCAGUACCAGCCCAACCGCUACCAGCGGAUAAACAUAAAGACACGCAGCUUCGCCCCGCUCACACGCAACGGGUUCGUAUUGGCAGUCGUCGACAGCGGCGCCUGCGUCUCCCUGAUGGGCGUGUCCAUAUUCUACCGCCGCUGCCCGGCCACCAACCGCUAUCUCGCGUCCUACCCGGCCACGCCAUCGGGGGCGGAGCCGACCGCCCUAGUGGCCGUGGGCGGGACCUGCGUGCUGCACAGCCAACCGCAGACAGGCACCGCACCCCGCAUGCACUGCAACGCGGAGGGAGAGUGGAUGGUGCCCGUCGGAGGAUGCAUCUGCGACCAGGGAUACGAGCCCAACGUCAACGGGUCCGCCUGCCUAGCGUGUCCGGUGGGCUACUUCAAGAUGGCGUCGGGCUCCGUGCCCUGCACACUGUGUCCUUCCAACAGCAGGACCAGCCAGGAAGGAGCUCUCACCUGCGAGUGUCGUAGCAGCUUCUAUCGCGCUCCCACAGACAUCAACUCCUCCGCCUGCACAAGCCCUCCGUCGGCGCCCGUCUCCCUCACCUGGGAGUAUGAGAGCGGUGACGGCGGGGUGUCCCUGCGGUGGCGGCCCCCCGUGGACAUGGGGGGCCGCGGGGAGGUGUGGUACGCAGUGGUGUGUCGUAUCUGCCCCUCGGCGGACUUCCCCAGCCCUGGGGCGUGCUCCUGGUGCGGGGAGGACGUCAGCUACGCCCCCACCCAGACCAAGCUCAGGCAGACCAAGGUGGCCCUGAACAACCUGUUGACCCGCGUCACCUACCUCAUCCAGGUCCAGGCUGUGAACGAGGUCUCCUCACUGAGCCCCUUCCCCCCCAGGUAUACCAGCAUCAACUUCACCACCAGCCAGUCAGUUCCCUCCCAGGUACCCAUGAUGCAUCAGCUGAGCCGUGCCCCGGAUUCUAUCACUCUCUCUUGGCCUCAACCCGACCGACCCAACGGAGACAUUCUGGAGUACCAGCUCAGAUACUACGACAAGGGUUCGGACGAGGACAGCGCGGCUAGUGUGUUCAGCGAGACCAACACAGCCACCAUCCCCGCCCUGAUCCCCGGCUCCAUAUACGCCUUCCAGAUCCGGGCUCGCAACGAGAGAGGCUACGGCCCGUACAGCCACACCAUAUAUUUCACCACGCAGGCCCUGGAAGAGCGCUCCCACCAGAUACAGAACCGGCUGCCGUUACUGAUUGGUUCGGUGAUGGGCGGGGCAGCCUUCCUAUUGGUGGUUGUCGCCAUCGUAGUCGUCUUGGUUUUCCGUAGCAAGAGGAGGGAGAGCCCAUACAGUGAUAGACUGCAGAGGUACAUCAGCAACAGAGGUGGGGUAAAGUACUACGUGGACCCGUCUACCUACGAGGACCCCAGUGAGGCAGUCAAAGAGUUCGCUCGAGAGAUAGACGCCACUCACCUUAAAAUUGAGGAAGUCAUUGGUGCAGCCCAGCUGGGGGAGGUGUCCCGGGGCCGGUACCGCCCAAUGGGCCGCCGGGAGCUGCUGGUGGCGGUGAAGACCCUGCGCUGGGGGGUGACGGACCGGGAGAAGGGCAUGUUCCUGAGCGAGGCGGGGGUCCUGGGCCAGUUCGACCACCCCAACGUGCUGAAGCUGGAGGGGGUGGUGACUCGCAUCCAGCCCGAGAGGAUCAUCACAGAGUUCAUGGAGAACGGACCCCUGGACACCUUCCUCAGGGAGAACGAGGACCAGUUCAGCGUGCUCCAGCUGGUGGGCAUGGUGCGGGGCGUGGGUGCCGGCAUGCGCUACCUCUCUGAGAGGAACUUUGUGCACCGCGACCUGGCCGCCAGGAACGUGCUGGUCAACUCCAACCUGGUGUGCAAGGUGUCCGACUUCGGCCUGUCCCGCCUCAUGAGGGGCCUGGACCACAACGUGCCAACCUAUACCGCCUCGCUGGGCAGUAAGGUCCCUGUGCGCUGGACCGCCCCUGAGGCCUUCCAGCACCGCAAGUUCAGCUCGGCCAGCGACAUCUGGAGCUUCGGGGUGCUGAUGUGGGAGGUGAUGUCGUACGGGGAGCGGCCAUACUGGGACAUGAGCAACCAGGAGGUGAUGAAGGCGGUGGCAGACCAGUACCGUCUGCCCGCGCCACUCAACUGCCCCGCGGCACUGCACUCCCUCAUGCUGCAGUGCUGGCAGGCCGACCGCGGGGACCGGCCCGGGUUCGACUCCCUGCUGUCCUCCCUGGACCGCCUCAUCCGCCACCCGGCCUCCCUCAAGUCAGAGCACACACGAAGCUGCUCCCAGCCACUAUUAAGCCCCACCCCCACAGACUUAUCGUCGGUGGCAACAGUCAGUGAUUGGCUGACAGCACUGAGGAUGGACAGAUAUAAGGACGAGUUUGAGCGGGCACACAUGGACUCGUUAGACAGAGUCAGCAGACUCACUAUGGAAGAUGUCCAAAACCUGGGGGUGAACCUCUUGGGGCAUCAGAGGAAGAUCGUGACUGCAGCUCAGCAGCUCAGAAGUCACCUGAUCCAGGCUCAGGUGGAGGUGUAGCCACGACAACCUGAUCCAGGGUCAGGUGGAGGUGUAGCCACGACAACCUGAUCCAGGGUCAGGUAGAGGUGUGACUACCUCAAAGCAUCACUCCAUGAAGAUGAAAAAAUAUGUUUUUUUUAUUUGUUUUGUUUUUUCCACUUGGGUGCUUGUCUGGUUUUAAAGAGUCCAUUCUGACUCAGCAUGUUUUUAACUGCCAAAAGAGGCUACGUACGGGAGAAGCACAAAGUGCUGCUUCCAACUAUCCCGACAUCAUGCUUAGAGACGGUGGAAUCAUCUAGAACUAUUGGUUUUAAACCAAUCAAGGGACAGAAAUAUCCGAAGCGAGAGAGACGCACUAUUGGAAAUGCUGUCCGGGUAGGACACGAGUCUCAGUUUUCCAAUUUAGUUUUCCUUUUUUAUUUUCUCUUCUAUAUUUCACUUCGCUGUAUGCCUUCUUCUUCUUCCCUCGUCCCCUCACCUAACCCUGCCACUCUCUUCCACCUGCUCACGCCCACUCUCUCACUUCCAGUUGUUAUAACUACUGAGCCCACGUACACAGCUGUUCCCACUCUCGUUAAGAACAAUCAGUGAAAUGUGAAGAAAUAAGAAAUAAGAGAUAUACUUCUAUACAUGGGCUCCCUUCACCAGGAAUUGCGUGAAGACAAUCAAAUACUUUUCUACUAAUGUCAGUGUUGUUAUGUUGAGUUGUUUAUAAAGCUAGAUCACUUCCAAUUUACUUUGAAUAAGUCGUUUUCUGAAGAAGACAAAUACGUCUAAGCGAACAUUUGUAAACAAAUAUGUCUAAAAACAAUAUGAUACAGCCUGUUGCAAUUUAUUAGGUGUAGGGCAAUGGAAGGUUAAAUACAUUGUAUUUACUGCCAGUUACAGUGUCGAACUGCCAAGCACAACUGAUCAAAUAAUGAGCCCCCUAGCUACCAGGGGGCCAACAACAGACCCCUCGUGUCCACAGUCUGUUAGAGCCACAAACACAAGGCCCUUCCAAAUAAGGAGAAAGAGCAGCACCCAUAAUAACGUAUAAAUCACACUCCGCUUCUUCUGCUCUUGUCUUUUCAUUGUGUGAGGCUAAAUCAAAUGAGAUAAUUUAAGCUUUGAGAACGCAAGAGAUUGAUUAAAUGGACAUAUUGGAUUUCUAGAAGAAGGAAGGAGAUGUAAUGCUUUGUGAAUAUUCUGUGUAUUUUGGUCAUGACAUUUGUAUGCUGCGAAUGGCAGUGAAAUAUACUGUGUGUGUUUUUUGUGUGUGUGUGUGUGUGUGUGUGUGUGUGUGUGUGUGUGUGUGUGUGUGUGUGUGUGUGUGUGUGUGUGUGUGUGUGUGUGUGUGUGUGUGUGUGUGUGUGUGUGUGUGUGUGUGUUAGGGUGUGUUCGAUAUCAUGCUAUAAUUUCUUGUGUUUAUAACCACAA